AUAUCCGCUAAGUCCUUUCUGCUCAAGAGCAAAAAUGGGGGCUGUGACUUCUUCACAGCUUCCCAUCCCCAACCAUAAGAAUCCUGGGAGAGAUUUUGAAAGGGGGUAGAAACCAUCCUUUCUAGGGAGGGUGACAUAGUUAACAUUUAAUAAUAAUAAUAAUAAUAUGCAUACAGGAUUCUAAGGUUUGCAAAGAAUUUUACAUACAUUAUCUCCUUUGAUCCUUACAACAACUAUGUAAGGUAGGACUUAUCAUUACCACUGUUUUGCCAAGGAGAAAACUGAGGUUACGUGAUUUGACCAGGGUUACACACCUACUAAGUAUCUGGGGCUCAAUUUAAAAUCAGAUCUUCCUGACUCCAAGUCUAGCACUCUAACCACUAGACUACCCAGCUUUAGCUAGGACUCCCUGUACUGACUUCUAUAAUCCUGUGAUCCCUAAGACAUCUGGGUAGAAAGACUGCAUUAAAAACUAAAAACAAAAAACCUCCCCCAACACCACUAACUCUACAUUAGUAUAAGAUGCCCUUCCCAGAAUUCAUCUUGUCACCAUACUGCCACUAUUUUCUGCCUCAGAUGGACAUCCCAGAAGGGACCUGGGACAGAGACCCCAGGGCUAAAACUAAGCAGCCUGAACUGGUCCAUGCCAAAAGCCCAGGACACUUCCUGGACACCUUUAAACUACUAUUCUUUCCACACCACUGAGCCCAAUUGCUCAUAUUCCAGACCCCUCCAACCUUGAGACCAAAAGCAUUUCAUAGUUACAAGAACUGACCAAGUAGUCAAAAUGAAGGAAAGGAUGAAGAAACUGAGACCACAGGAAGACUCUGGAUUGACCAGAUCCACUAAAAAGGAAAGUAAUUUCUUCAGAGGUGAUGAUCCCCAGGGGAGGAUAGCAUCUCCUCAUGCCCAUCCAUUUGCCCACCUAUUAGAAGUGGUGGCACUACAUAGUACACUGCAUAACCCCAGGAUGACAGGAUAACAAGAAAAGUUCCCCUCACCUCAAGCCUCUGCUCUUAAAUCUCCCAACUAGACAUUCAAGCCAAAGUAAUUCCAUGGGACUCCCAGAAAAAUGGAAAAUUGCCUCUGAGGGUAGCCUCCUGGUCUGUCAUCCCUCUAAUCCCUUCCCACUCACACAUUGAACAAACACAGAUAGAAAGAACUAUGAUAAAACUCAAGCCACCCACAUCUGGUGACACACCACGCAAACUGAUACACAGGGGCACACCCACACAUAAGCACACUCACAUCCCUCUGCCUCAUAUAGGCACAGUACUAUACACCCAGACUGGUAUUGCCACAUAUACAUUACUGUUGAUAUAAUCACACACAUCAGACCACAGGCUCUCUUGUUCACAAGGUGCUCCCUGGUUUUUCCUAGAACCAGCUGGAAAGAACUGGAAUGAUACAAGACAUCUCUAGGCACUCCAUUUCCCAGAGCCCUUGGUGUUUGUCUCUCUAUUUUCCUUGCCCAAUCCAUCUUCUCCCCUCGGAAAGUCCCAGCUUCUUUCCCUCCACUCAGCUCAAGGACAAUUGGCACUUUCCAUUCCCCACUCCUUUCCUUCCCUUAUUGAAGAUCCCUGGCCAAUAAUGUCGCCAAAGUAGGAAGCUCUAGGUGUUCUAAUGGAUUUCCUGAAGGUUCUGCCACUUAACUCCCACUUCCGACUCCACCCUAUAGUCCUAAACAGAGGGGGCGUGAUGUCUCUCAUUAGUCCUUAUCUUGGAGGCUCAGACACCAACACUGGCAACUCUGUCCCUGACCCACACUGCAUGCCCUGAGCUCAGCCCAGAACCAUGGGGAACUGUCUGCAUCGGGCAGAAUCCAGGCUUCAGAACAUCGAAAGCUGGACCAUCGAUGGUUCCGAAUAUGAUUGGAAUUCAUGGAAUGAGACUUUCAACUAUACUGAUGAUGACGUGAACUCAGCUGCUCCUUGCCAUUCCUGUGUCCUGUUAGAUAGCUCCUCACUGCCCUUUUUUGCUCUUUUUAGUGCCUUAGGCAUGCUAGGUGGUGGAACAUUGCUCUUUGGCCUCCUCAAACCCCUUGGCUGCUGGCACUUAUGCCCAGGCCGAACCAUCCUGGCACAGAUGGCCGGGGGCAGUACCCUUUUCAGCAUUGUUUUGCCCAUCCUGGCACCAGGGUUGAACCCUACCCCAGGCACCACCCUCUGUUGGCUGGGACAUGGACUCUGGUAUGCUUCAGCUUUUGCCCAGGCUCUGCUGCUGUGUGUACAUGCCUGUCUGGGUCCCAAACUCCACCAAAGCUGGAUCCUCAAGCUCUCACUGGCUCUGUGGGGUGUUGCUCUGCUGAUGGCCUUGCCUGUCACCCUGGCCAGUGAUGUAAGCUCAGGACUCUGCACCUUGUCAUUCAGCCCUAAGGUGUGGGUUUGGUCUGUGAUCCACAUUGUGGUCUGUAUUGCUGUUUUCUUCAUUUUGCCCCUGGGCCUGGUUGGGGGUUGGGUAGUGUGGUGGGUAAGAGGUGGAGGACCAAGGCCACAGGCUACUGUCCUGUGGAUCUGGUUCCUGUUCUGGUGGCUUCAUGCAGUGGCGAUGGGGUUCGAUGCCCUGGUAAGGUCAGAUGCCUUGGUGAUAACUGAGUGCUUUGCCCAGCAGACCCUUGAUUUCCUGCUAGACUCUGCAAAGAUCUUGGGGGUAUUGCACUGCCUUGCCACUCCAUUACUGUUGGUACUGUUUUGCCACCAUGUCACCAGAACCCCUACACUCAACCUACUCUAAAUCUCCCUUUCUCCCUUUCAUCCCUCCCUGGCUUAUCUUGGCAUCUGGGCAUCCUGGGAGGCAAGUCCCAGUUCUCCCUGCUGCCAAUUGACAUUAAAGUUUGUGCUGCCGUGAAGCUGCUGGUUUCUUCUUUGGCUGGGGUGGUGGGCCGAAUCCCACCUUAGGCAAUCCUACCAGCACUCAUUUCCCUAGCUGGUACCAAUCAGGUGUGCCUAUGGAUGUGGGGAAGAGGAACAGUCACUAUACAUGAGCUCCUGGGACAGAGAUUACCCCAGAAGCAGGACAGAUAAACACCAAAAGUUACCUUGAGGUCUGGGAUCAUUGCCUUAAGGGUUAAGAAGGGAAACCUAGGCAAGAAUUCCCAAGGGGACUGAUUUGGUGGGUGAGACAGGAAGGGUCUAGGUGACAGGGGAACCUUGAAGGAAGAAAAAUUGAGUGGGGAAGCUGGAGGAAGGAGGAAUGGUGGGAAUAAACCUCAGGAUUUCACUGAUUCUCCUUUUUUUUUUUGUGAGGCAAUUGGGGUUAAGUGACUUGCCUAGGGUCACACAGCUAGUAAUUGUUAAGUGUCUGAGGCUGGAUUUGAACUCAGGUCCUCCUGAAUCCAGGGCUGGUACUCUAUCCACUGCACCACCUAGCUGCCCCUGAUUCUCCUUUAAAUGAGCUUUCAUAUUCCUUUUGUUCCUUUCAGAUCCCUCUUCUUUCUUUCCCAAUAUUUUUUCUGCCCAGAAUCAAGAAAAGAAUAUUAGGGACCCUACAAGAGCCCAUCCCUAUUAGGCUACCUCCUUACCUUGUUCUACAAUAAGUGCUUUAAUUCCACCCUAAGCAUUUCUAAUUUGGUUGCAGAUCUCCUAGGUUAAGUUCUUAGCCACCCUGAACUGCCAGGCAAAAGAUCCUUCCUACCAAUAGCACAUUGCAAUUUAAAAACUGAAAGGCACAUUAGAGCUGACCAUUAUGCCUCCCUCUUUGCUGGAGUCACCCUGUAUGCAUGUAUGUGUGUGUAUGCUAAAUUAUAUUUUUGUGUGUCCAUUUCAAAUUCCUUAUUAGGUCCCCGCAACCCAAGUUGCCUUCUCUCCCUUUCCUCUCCCUAAUUUAACUUUUCUGUUCUUAGGAGGUGGGGUCAGAGAUUAUCACUCACUCUUCACUUCCUUUCAGUUUUUCCCCCUCCCUGAUUUCCUUGACCUGCCCUCUCUGGGAAGGAUAAUGGAUACAGAAAAAAAAAGGGGGAAGAGGAGCUGGAACGAUCCCAAGAAGGAAACUGCUAGUUAUAUGACCUAGUGGAGGCUGGUUUAUGACCCACCCUCUAACUGGAAUUGUCGAAAUUUCCUCCCCCAGAUGCAAGUUCUGGGGUCAACUCUUCACAGAGUAGUUCUUCUUUUUCUCCAGUCUUUCACAUCCUAAAGCCUCCUUCCCAUUUUCUCUUGGCUCACUAGCCUCUUGUCCAUGUCUGAACCCGGAACAAGAAAUUUCCAGGUUCAGAUUCUCCUCCCUACAGAGGGAGGGAGCGCCAUGGAACCCAGAGACUAGUAAGCCAGAUAAGCCUCUCCCCCACUACUCCCACCCCCUCCCCACCUCUGCCAAGCACCAACAAACACUGUGGAAGAAAGUCAAGGUGUUCCUUCACUGAACUCUAAUAAACCUAAAAGUUGUGCGCCUAGGAAGUUCUCUACCCAACAGUUGGCUGGACCCAGAUGUACUCAUCUCCUCAGAUAUCCUAUACUUGGCUUUACUUCCCAAAUGGGCUGUUUCUCCUUGGUCUUGGGUAGGGACAGGGGUGGACUGAAAAAUGCCAGGUUCAGAGAGUUUGGAGUAGGGGUGGAGGGAGUGAUGUAGUUUCCAAAUCUCCUACCUCCUGUUGCUUAGCAACAACCAGACUACCUCCUGAUUGGUUGUUAAUAAAUUGAAGGGAGGGAUUGAGUGCCCAAAGGAAAUAAGGAAGAUGUUCUAGAACCCAAGGGAGGGGGUGGGGUGGGAUGGGGAGUAGGAAUGGAGAAGACAUUUCAGAGGAGGAAAAGACAGGUGGGGCUCAAGCUGUGAAGAGGUCCCCAACCUUCCCUACAUCUGUAUCCUAUUGUCCCCACCUCCUCCCUUUGAUCCCUUUCCAGUUUUUCCCUCUCUCCUUACCAAUGUUCAUCCAACCCUUUCCACCUCCCUCUAGCAUCUCUUCAGCCCCUGCCCCUCUCCCUUUAGUAGACCCCUUAUUUUAGAAUGUAAUCUGCCGUAUUCAAAGUCUGACCUAGUUAAACUAGAGGUGGUGGUGGGGAGAUGCAUGGCUAAUGGGAUUGCAUUUUCUUAUUAUUAAUUACUUUCACGUUUAGGUAGUGCUUCCCAUUGUCCAGCCUCCACUAAUCCUGCUGCAAUUCUCCAUCACUCCUUGGGGUUUUCCCUAGAGUACCAUGGCCCUAUUUAUUGAUACAGCCCAGAGUGCACCAUCAGAGGCUGAAAGCACUGCUCACUUUCAACUCUUCUGAAUUCCCCCUAGAGAAACAAAUGGUAUAUAAACCAUUGGACCUGCAGUUGGGAAGACCUGCCUUUAAAACCCAUCUGAAAUUCUUACUACCUGUGUGAUACUGUACAAAUCAUUUAGCUUCUCUGAGCCCCAGUUCCCUCAGCAGUAAAACAAGGUCAAUCAUAGCACCUUCCUCCAGGGAUUGUUACAAGGAUCAAAUGAGGUAAUGAUGCAUGUAAAGUUCUUGCGUACAUGUGAACUAUUAUUAUUGCAAGGGUCCACUUUUGAGGACCUUUAAGCAUAAGAAAUCUUAGAGUUUGAAGGGACUUUAGCUGAUCACUGUCAUCUUGAGCAUUUCUGGUAAAAGAAAUUUUCUCAGAAAAAUAAGAACAUGGAAAGAGCAAUCCUGGACUUAGAAGAAAGGAGGAUCCUUGGAGGGUCUCUGUGCUGUCACCCCUUAUUGGAGAGAUGCCUAUG